AUGGCCACCCUCGAGCAGAUCGCGGCCCAGGGGCUAAGCGGGCCCAUCCUGGAAGCGUCCAAGAAGCAAGAUAAGAAGUUGACUCUGGUAGACAACCGCGGUUUGGCAAAGCCAAGCAACUUUGAUGGCAACUUGGACUUCCUCCAAUGGAAGAUCCGGUUGGAAGCUUUUGUUGAGUCCGUUCACGGUGACUUCGUCCAAGCGAUUUCUUGGGCAGAAGACGAAACAGAUCCAAUCAGCAACGCGUCCAUGAAUGCCGAGUUUGGUGAGACUACUCCGGCACAGGAGACAAUGCCAGACCUGGAAUCAAAAGAUGCACAGCUUUACGCUGUUCUCCAAACCCUCUGCGAGAAAGAGGCAUUCACGCUCGUAAGAAGCGCAGGCAAGAGUAAAGGCUUAGAAGCUUGGAGGCGAUCGUGCAAGCGGUUUGACCCUUCAACUGGAGGUCGCCGCAGGGCACUGCUUCGUUCGGUGUUGAGUCCGAACCGUUGCAACAAAGUUGAAGAGUUGAGCGCAGUUGCCGAGAACUGGGAUCAGGUUCGGCAAUACGAGAAUCGGCGAAAGGUUGAACGACGUCUUCAACUCAACCAAGCGCGCUUUGCAGACUACCUUGAAGCCCAGAAGGAACUCUCCACGUACUUGGAGACACGCAUUGGACUGCUCAAGUCCGGUGGUGGUGGUCAUUCCAGUUCGGACUACAAUGGACACAGGCGCCAGGAAGAAAAAGAGACCUGUGAUCGACGUGACUCGCGGGAACCAUGGAAGGGGCGUUUGCGAUCGCCGAAACGCGGCCGUUCGCCCAAGAAGAAGGCCAAGGGCGAAUCCACCGACGAGGAGGAGGAGCGCAUCCUCCGAGAGAACAAACGCCGCGAAAGGAGCGAGUGCACCGCCGAGAGCAGGAAGGAAUUCCUCAAGCUCGCGGACAAGACCGCAUACCCCAAGUCAGCGCUGCCGAGGCGAGCGCGUUCCGCCAAGGCGGAGAGGCGUACGCGGAAGGGGAGAGUUCCUAAGAAGCCGGACAAGUGCCGCAUGGUGAAGGCCAAGGCAGAGGCCCCGGAUGCCAAGUCGGAUGCAAGACCGGCGAACUCCGGAUUCAACUCGGGAUGCUUUGAGGCGCGCUGGCAUCGAACCUGCCUCUCCCAAAAGAUCGAGGCUGAAGAGGACCCGGACAAGAAGGCUGAGCCUCAGCUGGAGAAGCAGAAGAAGGAGCUCCAGCGUGAUACGCCUCGCCAGUCGAUCAAGAUCACCGAGGAGAACCUGCGCGAUCAGACCUUCCACGACUCGAGGUACUAUGCGGACGUGGCAGCCGGCAAGCCGCGCCACGUCGCCUGGAAGAACGAGAAGGGCCGACGUCGGGCGAUUCUGGACCGGCGUAGCGGCUUGGUCGAUCGAGUGUCAGAGAAGCUUGAACUUGACGACAAUUUGUGGCACUCCAAACAAAGCGCGCCAGGUACUGGCAAGAAGCGCAAGGACCUCGAUGGCCUGAAGGCCGAUGUGGAGAGCGAGGUUCUGGACGAUCGCGCUACAAGACAGCGUCGGCUGAGUCACUGGCGGAUGAAGGCGGAGUUGUCCUUCAUGGGACGGACGCCAACGGGAGUGCGAAGGUUUUGGAAGGCCGGGUCACAGGCGUUCAUCGCACCCUGGCCUCGGGACGAAGGUGGCGCGUCGCCGCCGCAUUGCGCUCGGGGCCCGUGGCGGAUUGCUGAUUUUGCGAAGGAUUCACAGGCCGGAAAGUACAAGAAGCAUGGAGGACCGCCGUUGGAAGAUGCUCCAGCCGCGUCGGCCGGGGCGCCCGACGAAGAGUUGGGAGAAGAGGUUGGAGAAGAACAGGCGCAGGUGAUCGUGAAGCGGUCGCCUGCGGACCCCACCGCUCAGGAAGUACAGGACCAUCGCGCAGCUGGGCAUGUUGUUCAUCGAAGCUGGUGCGCCCACUGCCAAAGGGCCCGAGUAAUGGGUCCACGCCAUCAUCGUGGACAAGCAGCCCAAGAUGAAGAGGGUAGGCUUCCGCAAGUUUCACUCGAUUACUGCUACACGAACGCAUGGCAAGAAAGGGGCAGCGACUCGGAUAGCGGCAUGUUGCCGUGCUUGAUCGUGAAGUGUCACAAGACAGGUCGUUAUUGGGGGAACGUGGAUCCAUCGAAAGGUACAGAUAUUCUGUAG